UAACCUUUUCUCACAAACAAAGAGGAAAGAUAAACAUUUGCCUCUCCCCUUCUAUUUUUGUCUCCCUCUCUCUAAAACUCCCAUCACCACCACCUCCACGGUCCACCUCCUCCUCCUCGUCCUCCUCUUCCUUCUCUCACUCUCUCUCUCUAUCUCCCUUUAAGCUCAAGAUCUUCCUCGCUUUCGGUGCUUUGAAGAGAAAAUCUGAUGCUCCUAUUUGACCUCUUCUCUUCUUUCUCAAAAACUCACCUUCCAUUCUCUCGCUCUCUCUCUCUCUCUCUCUCUCUCUCACUUUCAAUCUUUUCGUUUGACAAUACAUAUAUACUAUACCAUCAAUAAAACCCUUUUCUUGAGGUUUUUCGUUCUACUCAUUAAGCUUUGUAUGCUUCUCUUAAAAGGGUUUAAACUUUUUCUUUUCUUGGUUGCUUCCUCUUCAAGAUCUUAUCUCUACUCUGCUUAAAAAAUAAGCUGACAAUUUUUUUCUUUCAAGAAAGUGAUACUAAAAUAUUCCCAGAAUUUUCUUUGAGCUAUAAUAAAUUGGUUCCUCUUGGGGUAUGUGUAAAUGGUUCUUCAGCAUCAAAUCUGUUAACUUGAGCCCACAAUAGUUUAGAAGAAACAGAGAGAAAGAGAGUAAAACAGAGCAUAUGCCAAUGGAUUCAAGUAGUAAUAACAACUAUCAUCAACAAAAUCAACCCAGUUCAGGGUUAUUGAGAUUUCGCUCAGCUCCAAGUUCCCUUCUUGCAAGUUUUAAUGACAGCGGAGUUGACAAUGAUUCUGUUUUGAAUUACCAAGAGUUUGAGGAUAAAUCUGCAGCAAGAGUGAGAGAGGAAGCUGUUAACUAUUCAAACUUUCCGCGGAGUUAUUCAGGUUUGCCUCCUCAUUAUCCAAGACAGGGCUCGGCCACAAAUUCUUCAGCUAUGGAUAGUUCAUAUGGUUUGAUUGGUUCAAUCUCAAUGGGUCAUCAUGAGCAACUUAAAAGGGUUGAUCCAAGUCUAGCUAGGCAGAAUAGCUCUCCUGCUGGACUUUUUGGGAACGUUUCUGUUCAAAAUGGCUAUCCUGGGUGGAAUGGUACUAAUGGAGAAGCAAAUUCAAGAUUGAAGAGUCAACUUAGCCUCUCAUCAAGAGCACCUUCUUCCUUAGGCUUUCGGUCACAGAUUUCUGAAAUUGGGAGCGAAAGCAUUGAGGCAGGCAGCCCUAGUGCUGACAGUCGAUUUCAUAGCAGUCACGGGUUUCCAUAUGGUUCUUGGAACAAUUCGCAUUUGUCAGAGAAUUUUAGCAGCAUGAAAAGAGAUCAAGAAAAUGGAAACCUGUUUUCUAAUAAUGCUCAGAACGGAGAGCUUGGAAAUCGCACUCAUGUAUUCGCCCAUCACUUGAGUUUACCAAAGACUUCAGUUGAAAUGGUUGCCAUGGAAAAGUUCCUUCAUUUGCAAGAUUCUGUUCCUUGCAAAAUUAGAGCAAAGCGUGGUUGUGCCACUCACCCUCGAAGUAUUGCAGAAAGAGUAAGAAGAACUCGGAUCAGCGAAAGAAUGAGGAAACUACAAGAGCUUGUCCCAAACAUGGACAAGCAAACAAACACAGCAGACAUGCUAGAUUUGGCUGUAGAUUACAUCAAAGACCUUCAGAAGCAGUACAAGACACUCAGCGACAACAGAGCCAACUGCAAGUGUUUAAGCAAGCAGAAACCAGUGCAAAACAAAAUUGUUUGAGGUGCUUCUGUACAGAAAUCCAAGGGGCUUUAGGACCUGUUCUUAUUGAUCUUCAGUAUCAAAAGCAAAAUAUUUUUGUUUCAGUGGGCAAGAUGUAGUAAGUUCGGUAGAAAUCUCCACCCAUUCUGAUCCUGAAGCAAACAAAGCUUCCAAUCACACGACCUGAUAUAAAGAGAGAAAUGUAUAGAACAUGUUGUAAUGCAUCAAUUCCUUGUCAUGAAAAUAUAAAUGCAUGAAUUUCCUUGUGCUGUCUUGUUA